AUGGUGAUUAAACAACCUAAUCCAAGUUUGAACUUACUGUAGUAACAAAACAAGCUAAAGUAGCCCGACUUUUAAGAACAUAAUGAUUUAGUCUAUUUCUACACAUAACUAGAUCUAGAUCUACAUACUAAUACAUAGUUUUACAUACAUAGUAGUACAUAGUGGAUCUAGAGACCUAAUCUAACUGUAUCGCAUAGCCUAAUUUGUAAAAUAUUUUGAUUGGAUCUAAAAAUCUACAAAAUGAACCCUCAAACAAUUGUCUUUAAGCAGGAGCAAGCACACGAUGACAGCAUUUGGAGCUGUGCUUUUGGCAAAAAUGAACGUGACCCCAGUGACUCCGAAAUAAUUGUUACUGGCUCAAUAGAUGACUAUGUUAAAGUUUGGAAAUGUAAGGACAACAAAUUAGAACUUCGACACACACUUGAAGGGCAUCAACUUGGAGUUGUCUCAGUAGAUAUUAACGCAGAUGGAUCAUUGGCAGCAUCCAGUAGUUUAGACAGUCAUGUCAGAAUUUGGGAUUUGGAAAGUGGAAAACUGGCUAAAAGUAUAGACGCAGGUCCCGUUGAUGCCUGGACCAUUGCCUUUUCGCCUGACUCACGAUUCUUAGCAUCAGGCAGUCACACGGGUAAAAUUAAUCUCUUUGGGGUUGAUAGUGGAAGAAAAGAAUCAUCCAUGGAUACCAGAGGGAAAUUUACACUGAGUCUAGCUUAUAGUCCUGACGGAAAGUUUAUAGCAUCUGGUGCCUUAGAUGGAAUUGUCAAUGUCUUUGACAUCACAACAGGAAAGUUAAUUCAUACAUUGGAAGGCCAUGCUAUGCCAAUUAGAUCACUCUGCUUCUCACCAGACAGUCAGUUACUUAUUACAGCAUCUGAUGAUUGCCAAAUCAAGAUUUAUGAUGUUCAGCAUGCAAAUCUUGCUGGUACUCUUUCUGGACAUGGCUCAUGGGUUCUUGGAGUUGAUUUCUGUGCAGAUAACACUCAUUUUGUUUCUGGCUCUUCAGACAAAACUGUAAAGAUAUGGAAUGCUGGAUCAAGGCAGUGUAUUCACACGUUCUAUGACCAUACAGAUCAGGUUUGGGAUGUAAAAUACAACCCAUCUGGUUCAAAAGUUGUAUCAGUAUCUGAUGACAGAAAUCUACAUCUUUAUGAUUGUCCUAUUUGAUUUUAUACUGUUUUCAAAUAUUUGUAAAAGUUGAUUUAAUAAAUACAAAAGUUGUAACAAAACAUGUUUUGUCU